CUGUUUAUCGUCCAGCUAAAAGAUGGCGUUAGCGGCUAGCUAAAACGAUUAUUCUUCGUUUGAUUGAAUUAAUUAUGUCGGUGGGAAUAAUUAGUCAUUGCAAAUACUUUAUUACUCUUGAGAUGGGACUUAAAAACAUAGAUUACAGCACUUGUGUUCGCACAAUAACGCACCUUGAUUGUUUGUUGGGCCUUCUCGCAUACAGAGGCCUGUUUUUUUAGGGAGUGGACGAGAGGUUUACAAACUUCAACUCCCAGCAGCAUUGCUAAGAAGUGGGGUCAAAGGUGACUUGUUAGUGAGGAUAGGCAGAAGAGCAGGUGGGUUGGAGACAAUUAGUGGCAUCAUGGCGUCAAAGCCAGUGCCAGGGAUCCAGAAACAUGGGACAUGGGCAGGCAACCCCAGAGAAGUGUCCUCAGCCUCCCCAGAGACUUCUCUGACCUGGUGCCUGUCACAGCUCUCUAAACCUGGGAGAGCAGCAGUCGAGGACCACAAGCCAGGCACUGCAGGGCCGGACACCAGUGGACACAGACAGCUGGACAAGAGGGUCAAAGCUGGGCAGUGGCGAGCACUGGUGGCCAUCCGCACACAGCACAUUAAAGGAGGAAGCAGUGGGAUAGCUCGAUUCCGAGGCCAGGGUGGACUGCGCACUCUCCUGGACCUGCUAAAGCACCCUGAGUGUUCCAGGAAGACUCUGGACCUGGCUCUCAGCAUCCUGGCUAACUGCUGCACUGAGAGACAGACACGAGUUGAGGUUAGGAAGCUUGAUGGAAUAUCUAUUGUGGUGGGUAUUUUGAAGAAGAAUGUAGCCAUGGAGACGAUCCAGAACAGAGCAGCCCGGGCCUUGGGGAACUUGGCCAUGGACCCAGAGAGUUCCACACUUAUCCACUCUGCCGGUGGUGUUCCACUCCUGCUCCUCUGCGUCUCUCUUGCCUCUGCCCCAUCCCCUCCCUCUGAUGACCCACUGGAAGCCCCUUCCUCUAAACUAGAGUGUGCUCAGUCGGCUGCCCGUGCCCUCCUCUACCUUGCAGACACCCCCUCAAACCGCCUUUUACUGCUCACCCAGGGUACUCUGACUGCUCUCGCCCCGCUCAUUGCUCCAGAGUACCCUCUGGGGCUGAGGAGAGCAGCACUCCGGACCCUCCAUGAGCUCACCAGGAGCUGUGGUUUAGAGUGUGCUAGAGAGGUGUCCCGAUCUGGGGUUCUAGCUCAGCUAGGUGUCAUGGCUUCGGGAGAGGCCGCUAAACCUUUUGAGGAGCUUGCGUUGAAAACCCUGGCCAACAUGUGCACUCAAGGCUGCUUACGUCCUCUGGUGGGUUCCCUGGGGGUAAUCCAGAAGUUUACGGAGGAGGUCAAGAAGGACGGCCUGAAGUCUGGAGUGUUCCUCAAGGCUCUCUGCUUAUGCUGCAAAGAGGCAGUGAACCGGGCCAAAGUGAAGGAGAGUGGCGGUCUGGAGGUGUUGAUUGGCUUCCUUGGUGUCCAUCGGAGCCACCCCCUCGAUCGAUUGGUCAUUCUGGCUUGUGUUGACUUUGUCUAUGACGAAGCUGCCCUGGAACAGUUACAAGAAUUGGGAAUAGUCCCCCUGCUAGUUGCUCGGUUAGUGGAGCUGGCUAAAGGUGAGGAGCCAUCUGCUGGGAAGAUGGAUGUGAGCCUCACCUCUACCAUGUUUGCGUCAGAGCUGCUGUCUACAUCAUGUUUCGACUCAUUUGACUUCCCUCCCCCAGAGGGGAACAGGAAAGAGGAGAUGGGGAAGGAGCAUGUCCUUGGGUCAUCCAGCUUUCUUAGCCUGAGGUCCUGGUUGGUGUCUGAAGGGUUGAUCUCCUCUGAGGGGGAUCUUCUUGACUCUCCUGGAGGCACGGAGGGAGAUUGGGGGAGUCUUCAUAUCCCCUCUUCUUCUCCCCAAACCUCUUCCACUGACUGUCAUUCCCCUGUAAAAUGCUUAUCUCCUACCAGCUCACUACCUUCCUUCACUCCCUUAUCCGUACCCAAAUCUCAGAGUCAAUCCACCCGCUCUACCUCAACGAGUUCUCCAGCUCAGGUCCACAUGUCAUCUCCCUCAAAAACCGCUGAUCUGCCUCCCUGUGUCCCUCUGCCCUCCUCUACCUCCACCCCCCGAGCCCAGCCACCCCUCACUUCCGUCUCCCCAUCCAAGUUCUCCUCCCCUCCACGAAAAAGGCCACGUGUACCCUCAACCACCCGCUCCAGUGUGGUGCCCCUCGACACCCCUCCCACAGUGUUCCGACCCCAGGCCUAUCACCACCCGUACCACCCUGAGCCUUGGGCCCCAGAGUCUCCCAUCCUGCUGCUGCUCUCACGCUUCUCUCACGCCACGGACCCCAGCGCUGCUCUGGUCAACUCAGGCAUCAUCUCUGGCCUACUGUUCUACCUCAGCCAGCAUCAGGACCCCAGCGGCAGGUGCUUCCGCAUGCUGUGCCGGCUGAGCUGCAACCCCAACUGUCUGCAGGCGCUGGUCAGGACUGGCUCAGUGGCUCUGAUCCGCCACCACCUGGUCCAGAGAGGGAGUGACCCUGAGAGUUGGGGAGCCGGAGAGAGGCAGACUGAUAGGGUCAAGUCCAAAGUGAAACAGCUUGGUCUUGCUCUGCUUAGUAAUCUACGUGUUCAGUGUGAGUCUGGAUUUGGUUCUGGAGUCCUGAGCCAUGUGAUGCUGUCAGGCUCAGAGUCAGACAAGCUGAACUGUGCUCUGUCUCUACCACUAGUAAAUGGUAACAAGGUUCUCUUGAAGAAACUUCUUCUAGACAACGGUGGUCUACUCUUGGCUCUGGAGCCACUUGGAUGUAAUGAGGACGAGGAAGAGGAAGACCAUCACACCAGUGAAUGCCGACGACUCCUCUCAGAUUGUCUCAACUCACCGCAACAUGUCUCUGCCCCCCAGCUCCACUCUCUGUAUUUCUCCCUGCUGAUUGGAUGCCUCUCUAGUCUGAUGGGUUGCCCCAAAACAGUACUGGCUAAAAGACGGUGCAGGGUACUCAGUCCUAUCAAACCCCUGUCAGUCUCACAAACCGGUAAAGCUUCACCCCCUCCCUUAAAAAAGCCUCGUCUGGUCAAUAUCUGUCCUUACAAUGACUCAACCUUUGACCUCCUCUUCCUGCUGGAUGAUGGGAGCCAGGUGUCAGCCAAUAGGGAAGCAGUGGCUGGGGCGGAGGGAACUGAGGUGGUGGGGUCAGAGUACUUCAGGGCCCUGUUGAGGGGGGGCUUUGGAGAGGCACAAGGGAGAACUGGGAAGGCCAUCCCCAUUAGGGAUGUGAGCCAAGGCAUGCUGCUACCUGUACUGCACUAUCUGCAUGGCUGUCGCCUGAACAAGGACAGAGAGACUGAAGAGGAACAGGGGGAUGAGACGGAGAGAGAAGGCAGAGGAGAGUGUCAGAUUUUGGGAUCCUUGGCCUCUGAGGGGCUGGGUGUCUGGCGAGACGGUGCAGAAGAACCCUCACCAGAGGCACAGGGCUUCCAGAAGACCCCCCUAGCUGAGACUAUGAUGGGGGCCUGUAGGUUUUUGGUGACAGAGUUGCAGAGGGAGAUGGAGGAUCUGUGUGUGUCUUUGCUGUCCUGCUCUGCCAAGAAUGCUGGUCGAAUUGCAGACAUUGGCAAAAAGCCUCCAUCUGACAUGGACCAAUAUGGAUCAGAGGGAGAGUCUGCUGACGAGAGCCUGGCAAACCGCACAUCUGGACUAGAGUUGAGUGGUUCUGAGGCCCAGACAGACUCCUUGGCCCCCACAGUGACAGCAGGCCAGGCUGAGUCACUACAUGGCUCUGGACUCCAACCCUGUCAGCAGACAGAGGGUAGACGGCACUCUGCCCCUGGACCAGACCAGAAGGGCAAUAGUGCACCAAAGACAACCUCAGGACUGGAGACUUGUGUCAAUCCGCUGAAAUCAAGUUCUGCCUCAAAGUGCUGCAGAAGACGUUCUAAACUGCGGAGUGUUUCAAACACACAGAAGGUUGCGGAUUCUGUACAGGACUCUAAAGUUGGUCCUGGAAGAUGGACCCUCCUACCACAGGUGUAUUGGUUUUCCCAACGCUACAGCUAUCCUGGACUGGGCAGGGCCUGCCUGUCCCUACUGCUGGGCUCUCAGGGCUUCUCCCAGCCCCGCCCUUCUUCCCUGGCUGCAGACUGCCUGCGCAGACUGGCCAGAGAGGCAGACUGUACAGAGACUCUGAAACGUGACCUAGUGAGUCUGGCCACCAUGGCCCUGAGCUGAGAGGGGGAGGGCUAGGAGGAAAGAGGGGUGUUGGGUGGGGAUGGUGGUGAGGAGAGGAGAAACAGGAUCAAAUAGAUUAUUAGGGAUGGUAUGAGAUCAUGUGAUUGUCUCUCCAGUGACACUGAAGUUAACGUUUGUCAUUGUGAGAAGUCUUCACAACAUGAUUAGCCUUCCUUCCUUGUGAAUAUCUGUCUUUGUCUCACAACAAAUAACCUUUAUAUUCCAAUAUUGGUGUUUACAAAGUAAUUGAAGUUUGAAUUAUUUUCUUCAGAAUAUUACAUUUAUAUUUAAAGGAGUCAUGCUGCCAUUUAAAGGGAUGGUUUCUCAGACAUAGAAUCAUGAGGGAAAUCAUUUUUAUCUCAUGGUGCACUGUAAAUUAAGUUGUAUUAUAAUUAAAACAUAUUAGCCUAAUGUAAUAUGCUAAAUACUUUUGUUGCAUGUCAUGUUAACUUUUUAAUAUUUUCAGUUUGAUUUUGAAAUAUACACAGCUGUCCUGUAAAUGUCCUGUAUUGACUUGGAUCACUCUAAUAAUCAGGUGGGACUGGGUGCCAUGUUGUAUAUGCUGUAAAUAAAGUGAACUUUAGGAGUAGCUGCAAGGUGAUGAUAACAGAGAUCAGCUUUCACUCGCCUCAUGUGAAUCCACGCUCCUCAAUAAAUCUGUUUAGACGUC